CGGUGUCUCUGAUUCGUUGUGGUAUUCUUUUUCCAUCUCUGUUCCCAUUGAUGUUACAAACAGUUGGAAGAAGAAGAAACAAUUAUCGAAUGGCAAUUGAAAGCAAUAUGGCCGAACCCGAUGAUCUGAGCCAUGAGCUGAUGGUUCACAGUGAGAGUGAGUCGACAAUUCUAAUGGAAAAGGAAAACCCAGUAGUUCCAUUGCUGGCAAUGGUCACUUCACUGAGAGAAGAAAUGAAUAAGUUGUCUCCUCUAACCCCCAAUCACUGCAUCUACGGAGUUCCCAAGCAUCUCCGCGUUAAGAAUCCGGCCGCAUACACUCCUCAGGUUGUUUCGAUCGGGCCAAUCCACCAUAAAGGAGAAGGCUUGGAAGCCAUGGAAGGGUAUAAACAGAGGUACUUGCAGCUUUUCCUGGAGAGGGUCAACCUUAGCUUGGAAGAGUACGCAGUUUUUGUGAAGGAUAGAGAGGCAAGACUGCGUGAGAGCUAUGCAGACACGAUCAAUCUCUCGAGCAAUGAGUUUGUGAAGGUCAUGAUGAUUGACUCUGCUUUUGUGUACGAGAUGUUGGUGAGGAUUUGCAGUCGGGGAGAAGAGAGCUGCAGGAUCUUUAACAGGCCAUUCUUGAUCACGACUGUGAUAUAUGAUCUAAUGUUGCUCGAGAACCAAAUCCCGCUAUUCAUCCUCAAGGAUCUCUUCAACUUAGAUAAAAGAGCUGAAUCCGCUCGACCACCGACCACUUCAUUUAGAGGUGAUGAUGUGAAGGACUUGGAGGCCAGGAUGCUUUCUGACUUGGAAGAACAUGCCUCCAACAGGGAAGCACAAGGAAAACCAGACAUGGCGUCAUCAAACUCAAAUGAUGAAUCAAAUGUGGAACAGCAAAGAACAAGCAAUAUCUCGGUGAAUUCCGGCCAUCAGGACAAACCUGGGUAUUCUGCCAACACGUUUGAGAUACAAAGCCAAUCAUUCAAGCCAAAUUUGAACCUCUUUCAACCAGCUCCUAUUCCCCCUGAAUCGGGGUCGGAUUUGUUCAUGGAAUAUAUCUGGAAAUUUCUAAACGUCACGCCGCAUAUCCGAAACAAUUGGGUCAACAGAAACAAGGUUUGUUCCUCCGAAGUAGUUCAUCUCCUCGAUUGUCUCCUGAGAUUGCUGCUAUUGCCUCACCCAUUAAUGGAUACCCAACCAUCGGAGGACAGAACCAAGUGUGGCGUGUCUGUGCCAUGUCUCCUCAGCAGUCCAAGAAGCUGUCAAGACCUAUUCCCUCCUGGAAAGGUAGGCCGGCAUCUUGUCCUCGCUUGUCCCCUGAGAAUAUGUUGUGAAUCGGUUCCGCCAGAUGAGGUCGAUAAUAUCCUGAAGUCGGCUGUCCUUGUACCCUCCAUCACAAAGCUCCGCCGAUGUGGAGUCAGAGUCACCAUGAACACCAAGAGCACCAGUCUCCUUGACAUUAAGUUCGACUGCCAGCGGGGGACCCUCGAGUUCCCGUCAUUCUUCAUGGAUGACAUGACCGAAACCGUAUUUAGGAAUCUGCUGGCAUUCGAGCAGUGCCACUACUUGGGUAACCAUCUGUUGACCAACUACUUCAUUCUCCUGGACCAGCUUAUCAACGAGCCAAGCGAUGUGGAUCUUCUAGUUCAAAGCCGGGUCCUCGUGAAUGCAAUAGGGAAUAGCGCACAAGUAUCCAGUAUCAUCAACAAUAUGGCCCAAGGUCUACGUACAAGCCCUCCUUCCUACUUUACGAAACUAUGCUUGGAGCUUACUGAGUACUGCGAGGUGCCGUGGCACAAGUGGAAAGCAGCAUUGGGGAGAGACUACUUCAGCACUCCAUGGGCGAGCAUUUCCGUAAUUGCAGCCAUCGUCCUCCUUGUGCUCACCGGUAUACAAGCAGUGUUUGCUAUUAUCUCUAAUUAAAGGUUCAAUAGAUGCAUAUGUAAGUUUUUUCUGUUCUACCUUCGGUGAGGCAUGUCCACUGCACUCAUCAUCCCUAAUGAGUCGAAAAUACAAAGGUACUGCGUAUUCUCUCAUUGUAGACGAGGGCGGCACAACAAAUAACGAUUGGUCAACUUAUGAAGUGAAAAGAAAAUGCUUGGUCCGUUGCGCA